AUGUUUGAUUUAAGAUAAAGAUUAAAAUUAAAAAAAUAUAGAUUUUUAAUUUUCUUCAAAGGAUAUAAAUACUAAUAUCAAAUAGGAUGUUUGCUCGUCAUUAUCAAAUAAAGUCACUACUCAUAAAUUAAAAAAGGAUUAUAAUAGAUGAAUGUAAUAAGGAUGACAAUGUUACAUCAGAUCUAUAAAUUAAUUUGCCAAAAAAAAUAGGCUCUCCAAAAAGCCAGAACAUUAUUUGAAUAAAAAUGGAUGAAGGAGAGAAUUAUUUAAAAUAAUAAAAGGAAUUUGAGGGUUUAUGGGAAUUAAUUAAACAAUAAAAAUUUCAAAAUUGAACAUGAAAUGGAAUCAAUGUCUAUACUAAUAGUAGAAAUCAGAUGACUUUAACAGUAAAUUGUUAUUAUGAUCUAAUGCUCAUUGUAUAUUGGCUAUAUAUAAUUUUUCAAAGUUUUGAUGAAAACACAUUGUUUUGGGCGGGUUUAGGUAUAUGGAUUUGUUAAAGAUAAUUGAGUCUUAAGAAUUCAAAAAU